AUGUCGAAUGCUGAUGUCUUAAAUCACAUUAUACCUGAUGAAGAAGUUGAGGAAGACAUUUCAGCUGCGGCUUCUUCAGAUUGUUCAGUCUCGAUUGUUCACCUCAAAUCUGAUAUUCUUGAGAGUGAAGCAUUGAACUUACUGGGGGAGGGGACUUAUGUAGACACUCUUUUGACGACAUUGCCAGUCUUAUCAGAGGAAGAGCAGAAUGCCAUUGCUGCCACUCCGGCCCAUCCGGCUGGCUUGUAUGAGUCUUACCCAAAGUCAUAUUUGACAGCCUUAUAUGCUAGUUGCUUGGCUGGGAAUUUGGUGGAACAGCUUUGGAAUUUUGCUUGGCCUGCGGCUAUUGCAUUGCUUCAUUCAAGCCUUCUUCCGGUGGCUGUCAUGGGUUUCUUCACUAAGAUUGCAAUAAUUGUGGGAGGGCCCUUGGUUGGCAACCUUUUGGAUCAUUUUCCCCGGGUACCUGCAUAUAAUUAUUUGACUAUUGUCCAGGCAGCUGCUCAAUUGUUAUCUGUUGGAAUGAUAAUUCAUGCUCAUACUGUUUGUCCCUCCUUGCCAUCAUUUGUACUUCUCCAGCCUUGGUUUGUUGUACUUGUAUUUGCUGGAGCUGUUGAGAGGCUAUCUGGAUUGGCUCUGGGGGUUGCAAUGGAGCGUGAUUGGGUUAUGCUGUUGGCUGGAACAAAUCGGCCAAUCGCUCUGGCACAAGCAAAUGCUGUUCUUAGUCGAAUUGAUCUCGUGUGCGAGAUUGCUGGAGCAUCAAUGUUUGGCAUUCUUUUGUCUAAAAAUGAACCAGUGGCAUGCUUAAAGCUUGCUGCUGGCUUGAUGAUAGUGGCCCUACCUGUUGUGGUUUCACUCACCUGGUUAACCAACAAGCUUUCUUGUGGGGUUCUUGACCGUGCUAAAUCUCCUCAAACGUGUCAUAGAAAUUCCUCUGGAGAACCUCUUCCUUAUGCUGAGAACAUAGUGGAAAUGAGUGUGGAAGCUAUAAAGCAUGGGUGGAUUGAAUACUUGCAGCAGCCUGUUCUUCCUGCAAGCCUAGCCUAUGUGCUACUCUACUUCAAUGUAGUUCUUGCUCCUGGAGGUUUGAUGACAGCAUUUUUAACACAGUGUGGUUUGAAUCCAUCCAUCAUUGGAGGCUUUAGUGGAUUAUGUGCUUUUAUGGGGGUUGCAGCUACAUUUAUGUCUGCAGACUUGGUCAAGCGAUUUGGCAUUUUAAAGACUGGAGCAGCUGGACUGAUACUACAGGCUUCAUUUCUUACCAUUGCUGUUGCUGUGUAUUGGAGUGGAUCUCUUUCUCAGCAGAUCCCACUUCUAUUUUUCUUGUCUUUGAUUGUAUUUUCAAGGUUGGGACACAUGUCGUAUGAUGUUGUUGGGGCACAGAUCCUUCAAACUGGGAUCCCAUCAUCCAAAGCAAAUCUAAUUGGGACCACGGAGAUUUCUGUUGCAAGUUUGGCAGAGUCUGUAAUGUUGGGAGUUGCAAUCAUUGCAAAUGAUGUUUCCCAUUUCAGGUUUCUAGCGGUGCUGUCACUGUUAUCAGUGGUUGGGGCAGCGUGGUUGUUCUGCCAGUGGUUGUUGAAUCCUACGGAUGCACAAAGAAGCCUUUUUUCUUUUGACCUGCAAUUUUGA